AUGCACACAGGGGAGAAGCCUUACCAGUGUGGAAAGAGUUUCAACCGGAAAGCAAACCUGAAAGCUCAUGAGAGAAUACACACAGGAGAGAAGGCUUACCACUGCUCCCAAUGUGGAAAGUGUUUCAACCAAAGAGUAAACCUGAAACAGCAUGAGAGAAUACACACAGGAGAGAAGCCUUACCACUGCUCCCAAUGUGGAAAGUGUUUCAACCAGUCGGGGGAGCUGAAACGGCAGGAGAGAAUACACACAGGGGAGAAGCCUUACCACUGCUCCCAAUGUGGAAAGUGUUUCAACCGGAAAGCAAACCUGAAAGCUCAUGAGAGAAUACACACAGGAGAGAAGCCUUACCACCGCUCCCAAUGUGGAAAGUGUUUCAACCAAAGAGUAAACCUGAAACAACAUGAGAGAAUACACACAGGAGAGAAGCCUUACCACUGCUCCCAAUGUGGAAAGUGUUUCAACCAGUCGGGGGAGCUGAAACGGCAUGAGAGAAUACACACAGGAGAGAAGACUUACCACUGCUCCCAAUGUGGAAAGUGUUUCAACCAGUCGGGGGCGCUGAAACUACAUGAGAGAAUACACACAGGAAAGAAGCCUUACCACUGCUCCCAGUGUGGAAAGAGUUUCAACCGGAAAGCAUGCCUGAACCAACAUGAGAGAAUACACACAGGGCAGAAGCCUUACCACUCCUCCCAGGGUGCAAAGCUUUUGCCCAUUUAG